AUGGGGAAUAUCACCAACAUAGCCAGAAUGACCAAGACUUUGUGCACACAAUAUAUCGAUCCUACCACUAUUGAAGCAUUGAUUGCUAGUCGUUUAAUUCCCCUAGACAAAGGCGAAGGUGCGGUAAGACCUAUCGGAGUAGGAGAGGUAAUAAGGAGGAUAAGUGCAAAAUGUGUUAUGAGCUUUGCAAAGAAGGAUGUUGUGGAAGCAAGUGGAUCGUUACAAUUAUGCGCUGGGGAAAAGUCUGGAA